ACCAAACAGAAGAGGCUCGUAAGAGAAAAUCCAGACGUAUAUUAUCAUUGUCCUUUGUAGUUGUUCUUCAAGAAAGAAGAAAGAACACAAUGAAUGUAGAAGAAGAGGUGGAGCGACUCAAGGAAGAAAUCCAGAGACUUGGCCAGAUCCAACCUGAUGGUUCUUACAAGGUCACAUUCGGGGUGCUAUUUAACGAUGAUCGAUGUGCAAACAUCUUCGAAGCACUAGUUGGGACACUAAGAGCAGCAAAGAAACGAAAAGUUGUAACAUAUGAUGGUGAAUUAUUGCUCCAAGGAGUUCAUGACAAAGUGGAAAUUACACUCAAAGCUACACCAGCCUAGAGCAGCAAGUAAUGCAGUUCUAAAUCAAAUAAAUUGCAAUUAUGGUUUUGCAGCAAAAGUUUGAUGGGUAUUCUAUGUAUUAUUUUUUUCAAAGUUAAUCGUAUUUUAAAUCUUGCUUCAGCAUAAGUACAUGUACUUCCGAAUACUCUUUCAUAAGAUUUCCAGUUUGUGUACACCCAGAUUUGUAUAUAUUUUCUUUUGGUUAUGUUCAAA